UUCUAUCAUAGCUUGGUCAAGAAGAGAGCGAAAAAGAACUAUAUUGCUUCGAUAACUCAUGAGGAUGGCACAUUAACCGGCUCCAUGGAGGAUGUUUCUAAGGAAUUUAUACGUUACUAUGAAGGCCUAUUGGGAACCGGGGUGCAAACGGAGGACAUUGACCCUCAAAUUCUUAGUUCGGGGCCGACCCUUAGCCCCAACCAUCGUAGCACUCUAAUGGCCCCAGUAACCGAUGAAGAUAUCAAGUCCACCCUUAGAGGCAUUGAAGGAGACAAAUCCCCGGGUCUGGAUGGCUACACCUCUACCUUCUUCUUAAAGAGUUGGGAUGUGGUUGGUAAUGACCUUGUUGCGGCAAUCAAAGAAUUUUUUCGUUCCGGGUCCAUCCUCAAGCAAUGGAACCACACCGGAAUCACGCUUGUCCCUAAGUCCUCCCACUCCUCUCGAGUCACGGACUUUCGGCCAAUUGCGUGUUGCAACACAGUUCACAAGAUUUGCUCCAAAAUCCUCGCAAGGAGAAUUAGUGAGGUCCUCGACGCUAUUGUUGAUGAAGCCCAAGCCGCUUUCGUGAAAGGUAGAAAUAUGACGGACAAUAUUUACCUCAUGCAACAAUUACUCCGUCAAUAUUUUAGAAAAAGAGUCUCCCCGAGAUGCUUGAUCAAGAUCGACCUCCGUAAAGCAAUCGAUUCUGUCUCAUGGGCCUUCUUGAGGCAAAUGCUUGAGG